GGAACACAGACACAGGAAGCAACAGGCAAGACGGGCUUUUAUUAUUAGGGACACCUGGAAUUGACAAAUAAAAAGCAUACAGUACACAGCUGCUUUAAAAACCUCCAGUCAAGAAGGAUAGUCAAAAUGAGUCACUGAAGCCUUGUGAUCAGGUUGUUCCCAAUUAGCAACGAGACGUGAUCCGAGGCACCGUUAAUGAGACCACCUGUCCCUCAGCUGUGACGUCUCUAAAGAACAGGAAGUGCAGAGGAGCUUCGAGACAAUCCAGAAAACCUGCGGCAGCGUCUCGUACCUGGUGAACGGCGCCGGCAUCAACAGGGACUCCCUCCUCCUGAGGACCCCCCCUCACCUCAUGGUCUCUAUGCUCCACACUAACCUGCUGGGCUCCAUGCUGACCUGCAGGGCGGCGCUGCGCAGCUUGCUGCGGCCACCAGGCGGCGCCAUCGUCAACAUCGGCUCUGUGGUGGGUCUGAAGGGGAACGCGGGUCAGAGCGUCUACAGCGCCUCGAAGUCCGGUCUGCAGGGCUUCACUCGCUCUCUGGCUAAAGAAGUGGCUUCAAGAAGCGUCAGAGUCAACCUGCUGCUUCCAGGUUUUAUCCGGACCAACAUGACGGAGGGUCUUGAGGAUUCGGAGCGUCUGAUCCCUCUCCGGAGGUUUGGGACCGGACAGGAAGUGGCUCAGGCCGUCCUCUUCCUGCUGGAGAGUCAGUAUAUGACGGGGGCGGAGCUACUGGUGGACGGGGGACUGCAUCUCAGCAUGUAGAACACACACACAAAUUAAAUUCUGUGUUUGAAUGCCAUCUGUUGCUUCUCUCUGUUGUAUAUCUGAUUAAAGUGAACAGUGAGAAAGAAACUGCUUAUUAAAGAUGCCUAUAAGAAGCUUUUACAAAUAAAUAAACUUCUUCUUCCUGUAAAAGCAGCACAAGUGCAUUAUGGGAAUGUAAAUACUAUGGUGUUGAUUCUUGAAUAAAACUGUAUAUGAACUCUUU